AUGUCAGAUAUCAUUAAAUUUAAAUUAACAAACGGAGAUGUUUUUGGUAUAUAUCGUCAAACAUUAGAAAGAUAUCCGAAUAGUUUCUUAGCCAAGUUAAUUGCCAAUGAAAUUAAUUCAUCAUUUCAUUCACGUGAUGCUGAUAAUGCCUUUAUGAUUGACGAAGAUCCAAUGAUUUUUUCUGCAAUUCUUACAUUUUACCGUUGUGGAAUAUUAACAAUUGUGCAUGAUGAUCUUCGUCAAGCAAUUAUUGAUAAAUAUAUGCUACCGCAGAUUUAUUCUGCAUCAUCACCAGCAAAAAGCCUAUCAUGCAACGAUGAACCUAAAUAUGUGCAUAUUAGUUUUGAACAUGCUUCAUCGACAUCAGCACAAACAAAACCUCAUCCAUCACACAUUCCAGCUCUUCUUGGAUGUCCAUUUACGCUGACGCAUACGAAUUCUUACCGUUCGAGAGAUCCAAUUGAAAUUGCAAAUUAUUUAACAUGUAAUGGAUAUUCUAUGGAACAAAUGGAUGUGAAUACAAGAGCAAUCUUAAUGAAACGAAUAAAUUAA